AUGUUGUCUACAAAGCAUAAAAGUUAUACUGUUAAACAAAAACUUGAAAUUAUUUCAAAAUCAAAAGAAACAUCUAAUAAAGCUAUAGCAAAAAUAUAUGGUAUAAAUCACUCUCAAGUAUCCAGAAGUAUCAGUUCUGGAAGGAAAGCUGCAUAUCCUCUUGCAGAAAAAGCAUUAAGCCAAUAG